AGACGGCUUACGAACUUAGCAGCUACAUGCAGAGUAGCGACGCUGCGCUGCUCGCUGCGCGUCGGGCGCGGUUCGCGCGCGAGGCUCGCAACCCGCCGCCUGUGCCCGUCAAAACCAUGGCGUGGGCUGGCGGCCAAGUGACGACGAGCGACCCGAGCAAGGCCCUCGCCAAGCUUCUCGCUCGAAAGGCCAAAGCGGGCGAAGCUUUGACGGCGGAUCAGCAGCGAGCCCUGCAGGCGCUGACAGCCGGGCCGGCGCUGGCGGACCGAAGCGCCGCGGCUGCGAACCAGCGGGCCGCAUCAGUGCAUCAGCCUCGCGUCAAGGUGGAGAAGUUGGGCAGGUCGCAAGAGGCUGCGUCGGCGGAGCAGCAGGCGCGCCGCAGGCGGCUGGAGCGCAAGAUUCGCGACUGCGAGGCGCUAGAGCGGCGGGCGGCGGCCGGAGAGAAGCUUGAGAUCAACCAGCGCAGCAAACUGGAACGCAAGGCGCAGUGGCAGCGAGAGCUUGCGGACGCGGGCGGGCAGGCGGCCCGCUGAGUGGUGCGAGGGCCAUGGGCAGCGAGCCAAAGCGAGCAGAAUACCACGCUCGUGAGUCAAGAUGUGUCGGUGUACUGGUCGCUCGUACUUACUUUUUGGGUGAUGCUCCGAUAAACCC